AUGUAUUUCAGUCGUAACGGUCUGCAAAAUGUCGAGAAGACCAUCCCGGAAGGUGUGGCAGGCAGUGCCGUCGUAACGGUCUGCAAAAUGUCGAGAAGACCAUCCCGGAAGGUGUGGCAGGCAGUGCCGAGUGUGGAUGCCGUUAUUGAUUCAUCAAGAUGCACAGCUACUAAAGUUGAAGAUGGAGCAGUUUUCGAUAGUUCACCGGAUCACUGUACAAAUAAUAAUUUGUUAGCACCUGAAAGCUCCGAGCAAGACACGUGCAGAGACGCUUGCAUGAACAUUAGGCUUCGAACGGAGAGG